AUGAUACCUAAAGCUACAAAAAGAAACAAAGAAUACCAGUUAGAAAUAGUUAAAGAAACUGCUAGCCUGAAGGAUGAAAUUGGAAUUAAAUCAUGUGGGUCAGAUAAUAGGAACAUUUAUGACGACGGCCAUUCGCAAAAACUAACUGCCAAUGAGAUACAUGAUCUUAAAAGUGACUCCUCAAAAGCAGCAUACAUUGUUGAAACACUUAUUACCAAUUCAAAUACAUUUCAUUAUAAAACUGAAUUUUCGCAGGAUAAGUAUUUAAAAAAGAAAGAGAAGAAAUAUUUUGAAUACAUCCAAAUCUUAAAGCCUAAUUUACGAAUAAUCUCAGAAACAUUAUAUAAGCUUGAACCAACAAAGGUACAGGGUAUAAGAAGUGAUACAUUAUCGCAAAUAAUAACUAUGGCUAAUAUAAGCUGUGACGGCAAUCAUUUACUUUAUGAUUCUGGGUCUAACGGACUGGUAGCUGCUGCUCUAUUGAGUGCAAUGGGUGAAUUGUCUACUGGUAGGCUAAUUCACAUGCACCCUGGAAAUAUGUCCCAGAAACAGGCCUUAUUAGCUAUGAAUUUCAGUUCUGAACAGUACAGUAAAUGCAUUUCUGUAAAUGUAUAUUCUGUGUUACGACAAUACUACCAAGGCUGUGAUACUAACACCAUAGAAAAAACACAUGACAUUUUAGAAAAUACAUCUACCCUUAAAAGAAAAGGUGAGACAAUUGAGCAAAUAGCUAAAAUUCCUAAGAUCGCAGAAUCUGAUGAGAAACCAGUUCCAAUAACAGAUGAGAGUGAUAGACAUUUAUUGGAACCAAAAAAGCCCAAGUGGCAUUUUGAUAACAUAGAAGCAUCAAAUGUUUUGACAGAAAAAAUGGACUCGCUAGUCAUAGCAUGUAAAGAGGAUCCACAAAAUAUAUUUUUAGAACUAUCGAAAUUUGUGAAGCCCGGCAGACCAUUUGUAAUUUAUUAUAGUGUUGCAGAGCCUUUGCAAAACUUAUUUGUAACUCUGAAAUCUCAGAGUAAUGUGGCUGCUUUGAAGCUAACUUGUAAUUGGAUGAGAAAUUAUCAGAUUCUACCUGAAAGGACACAUCCAGAAGUAUUAAUGAAUGGAUCAAGUGGGUUCCUGUUAACAGGAUAUAUACUUAAGUGA